CUGGAUUCUGCUAUGCGGACGCAAGCGACGUCAUGCGGCCAUUCGGCGGCGAGCGAUCGCUACAGAGCAUGCAGCGAAGUACAGAGGUCAGGGGAGAUCAUCAGAUCUUCGUGGAACGGGCAGGGAGUUCAUUGGCAGCUUCUGUCCUGGAAUCCUCCCAGAUGCUGAAAUCUGUAGGCCCUGUAGGUUCACAAUCCAAAUCCAUGGGCGAUUUUGCAAGCUCUGGUCUAGGUGUGGUAACUGCGCCCGCGUUGCCAUUGCACCCCCAUCAAAUCUCCCAGGCGGCACCAAAAUAUCGUGGUUCGGCCCGAGAAUUGUUUGCAGCUCUGCAAGCCUCCCCAUCUACUCUUGCUGCACUACCUGUGAGAGGCGAAAGACAGUCGAGCUCCUCAAGGUCUCCAUCACCAAGAGUUUCGGCAGGAUCUGGUCCCGGAGGAGAAGGCAGUUCACCUCGAAUGGUGACGGUCAAGGACUUUCAAAGAGGAGCACCCUUGAUUGCACCUGCACAAUUGUUGCCUUUUCCAGGUGAUGGUCAGUCUCCGGGCAGGCGGCGGCGCCUUGCUGAGAUGACUGCUGGUGGGAGAUCUAACAUUCUGGAUCCAGCAAGGGGAGUUCCCAGACAGCAGAAAGAGCGGGAGGAUUUGGCUGAUGGAGUUACAGCAAUGAUUUCCCCGGUCCACUGUGAGAUUGGCCCUUUGAAGACCACGCCUGUGGCAGAAUGUUCAAGCUUUGACUUCCUGCUAGACCAUUUAGUUGAGCACCCAGAGUCCUGCCUUGCGGACCCUUUGGCCCUCUUUCGGGCACCAGUUGCUGUUCCUGCGCCGCACAUGCCAGGACUGCCUGGACGAGUGCCAAUGGAAAAAAAGUUGGCGGCAUUUUGCGGCCUUGCAGCGUCAGGUUGUUGUUUUGGUCGCGAUGACCAGGCUUGCGCAGUUCGAGGAAUCAGCUGCAAAUGGAUCCAAACAGCGAAUCGUACACAAGUUUUGCCCUUGCAUCAGAGGUUGGGUCGCCAUGAAACACAAUAA